AUGUCUGAUUCGGCAUCACUCGAGGCUUCUUCUCCUGCCUCUCCAGAAAUCAGAAGGAAUAUGCUCGAGAAAAUUCGCUCCGAUCACGAGGAGAUCGAAAGAUUGCAGAAGUUGGUUGAAACCUAUGAAAACAAGGCUGGGGAAAUUGAAGAUGAAAUACCACCGCUUAGUGAUCAGACUACAUGGACAAAUGUGUUUAGUGAAUUUCUUCCUCGUUUAGAAGAGAUACAUGAAUAUCAUGAAAAACAUCCUUCUGGACGCGUAUUUGAUGCUGAGGAAGAGUAUGAAACACAAUUCCUCAAGGAGGAACCAGUAAUUGUGUUCACUAAAGAGGAAGGCUUUGGUCGGUACUUGGACUUGCAUGAUAUGUAUAACCAAUACAUCAACUCCGAUUUUGGGGAAAGAGUUGAAUAUUCUGCUUACCUUGAUGUUUUCUCUCAACCAGAGAAAAUACCGAGUAAACUAAAGUUGUCCAGGCAAUACACAAAGUAUAUGGAAGCUCUGCUAGAGUAUUUAAUCUACUUUUUCAAGCGAACCGAGCCGCUUCAAGAUCUAGACAGAAUUCUUUAUAAGGUCGAAACUGAUUUCGAAGAGCGGUAUGCAGACGGGAAAGCGGAGAACCAUGGACAAGAAAACGAGCUUAUCCAUCUCAUGAAUCUGUUAUGGAUCUUGAUUACUAUACCACAGUUGAGGAAAUGA